AUGGCCCAACCAGGGGGAACAACAGGGCCAUCACGGCAGGUGUUGGCUGUGGACAGCCACCUCCUGGGGCUGCCUGGGGCCAAGGAUGCUGCAGAUGGCACAGGGGCAGGUGCUGAGUUAUCUUUUUUUUUUUUUUUUUGGUACACAGGCAAAUAUAGAACAGCUCAUAAACCUCAUUCAAAACCAAAAGUAUCAGAUGCUUUUGAGGUAGAUUUUCUGGCGAAUGGAAGGGACACAAAAUCAGUGGGCCGCUUUCAAUCGGAGGAGGAGCUGUGGGCCCGCUUGGAAGAGCUUGAGAGACAAGAAGAGAUACUUGGUGAACUUGACAGGAUGCCUGAUACAGUUGAGACAAAUGGAGAAGAUACAACCUCCUCAGAAGAGGAAAAGGAGGAUAAGAGAAUGGAUCUCAAUGGAACACACAGAGUGGAAGACUCUAUUACUCAGGGCAACUUCCAGAAAGAAGUAACAAAUUCAGAUGUGUUUGUUCGCCAUGUUAAUGGCUCUACGUACUACCACAGCGAUGAUGAAGAUGACACAGAUGUUGGAGAUAGCUUCGUUCCAACUAUUUUUUUCUCUCAUACUGUUGAACCUAAAAGGGUAAGAAUAAACACAGGAAAAAAUACUACUUUGAAAUUCAGUGAAAAGAAAGAAGAGGCCAAGCGUAAAAGGAAGAACAGCAAUGGCAAUGGCCAUGGCCAUGGCCAUGCAACUCCAGAACUGCCCAACAUCAAAACCCCAGCAGACAUUUACCGAGUCUUUGUUGAUGUUGUGAAUGGAGAAUAUGUCCCUCGUAAAUCAAUUUUGAAGUCUCGAAGCAGGGAGAAUAGUGUUUGUAGCGAUACCAGUGAGAACAGUGCUGCUGAGUUUGAUGACAGACGAGGAGUUCAGAGGAGUAUUAGCUGUGAUGAAGCUACUCAGAGUGACAACAGCGAAGGCAUACUGGAGGAAGAGGAGGAGGUGGGGCAGCAGCAGCAACCAAAAAAGCUUCCUCCCUCUUCAGGGACAACCGAGGUACAGUUUUUAAUUAAUUAUUGAUUGUUGGCAGGGAUAAAAACGAAAAAUCCAAAGAAUAUAGUUGCUUACACCAUCAGUUUGUUUGAUUUUCUUUAAAAUGAUAUUCUAACUCCUACCUAGUUUUGCUUCAGAAGGACGUUAUCAGAUGACAGGUUUUUGUCAUAAACAGUGUAGAGGCAGAGGGCAGGAAACGAGGCAGCUGGCUUCUCCCUGUCCUCAAACUCUCCUGUAAAGGUCCAGCAAAGUAGUUAUAUGUGCCCUUGACUGGGCCAUCCUGAAAAUUUCCCUUCAGGGUGUAUAGUUGACU